UCCGUUUUAGCAUGUUGGUUCGUUAUAAGACAAAAAAAAAAAAAGAGUACCAGCCACGAUUCGAUCCGAUCUAGAUUGAUACUCCUUGACGUACCCGCCUUGGUCAACAGUAUCUACAAGUAUUACUCAAACAAGUCCGGCCGACGACAACCAAACCUCGGCUGAUAGUGUGAGGCUUGUUGAGCCAAAAGUCCUGUUUGGGCGAUUUGUCCCAAUCAAGCUGGUUAGACCGUCGCGAACAGGCGCGCGCGCAUCACCAACGGCCGAACCCCUAGUUUGACCUUUUCGGCGUCGAUCUUUUUUUCCCCCUACUCCUCUUUCUGCGGACGGAAGCUUCCACUUGGUCGCCUCUUCCCACCGCCCGCCAAACCGCUCUCUUUCCCUCUGUCCCUGCGAGGGUGGAAUCUUCUGCCGAAGCUGACGACGCCGCGCCGCGCGUACUACGACACCAUAGUUUCAGGGUCUGGACUCGUCUGUUCCUCGUCGCAAACCUGCCCGCGAUGCAUUUCGCAUACCCUCCACGAAAAUCUUCGAACCCGCCGCCUUUUCGGCCCCGGACGUCCGCUCUUCCGACAAUACGAGGCAAGCGUUUGAAAACCAUUGUCCUUACCGGCCUGGCAUUCCUGACGCUACUGUGGCUAUUCCAACGAGGCGGCCGUAGUCGACAUGCGCCACCGGCGUACCACAAGCCGUCGGGCAAUCCGCCGGUGGUGAUAGUUACAGUGUUCAACGAGGGCAAGUAUGGAAAGGGGUAUAUGGAUAUGGUCAAGGAAAACAGGCUAAAAUAUGCCGAGAAGCAUGGCUACGGCACCUUCUUCGUCAAAUCCUCCGACUACGACCUCCACGGCGCACCCGUCUCGUGGGCCACCCUCCCCGCCGUCCGACAUGCCAUGACCAAGUUCCCCGAUGCGUCGUACAUCUGGUACCUCGACCAGAACGCCUUCAUUAUGAACCCGCUGCUGAAGAUCGAGGAGCACGUCAUGAAGCCAUCGAGGCUGGAGGAGCUGAUGAUCAAGGACCACCCCGUUGUGCCGCCCGACAGCAUCAUCAAGACGUUCAGCCACCUCAAGGGACACGAUGUUGAUUUCGUAUUGACGCAGGACAAGGAUGGCCUGUCUUCGAGCAGCUUCGUGGUGAAGAAUGGCGAGUGGGCCAAGUUUUUCCUCGAGACUUGGUUUGAUCCCAUCUACAGGACUUAUAACUUUCAGAAGGCGGAGCAGCAUGCCUUGGAACACAUUGUCCAGUGGCAUCCCACCAUUCUCGCCAAGCUCGCUCUUGUGCCCCAGCGCAUCUUGAACUCAUACAGUAAGGAGAAGGGUGGGCAGGAGUACAAGGAGGGAGACCUUGCGGUGCGCCUCUAUGCUUGCGGUGAAGCUGGCGAGGAUACUUGUGAGACCGAGUCGCAGAGGUUCGCUCAGUGGAAGGCCGCGUAUCAGGACUCAUGAGAAGGCAGGCAGAGGUCAAGGGAUGGAUGGAGGAUAGCAGGCGACAAGAAGGCACAUUCAGCUUCUUGGAUACCAUGAACAUGCACGUACCGAACCGAACCGAACCGAACCG